CCAUUGUCAACAAUAGUAAUGGUUGACGCCUUUCCGUAAAAUUGCUUUUACCAUUACCAAUCUUUGAUUUAGGAUAAAGUUUAACACCCCCUAAGAUAUGCGGCUGAGCAUAAUAAGAAUGUGAGGUGAGGCACAUCAUAUGGAGCCGUUUGAUCUGACAUUUCAUCAGGUGACCUCAGAUGAAAGUCUCAGUGAUUCAUCCAGUUUUGACUCCUUCAGCAAUGUGGUCAACUAUGAGACAAGUUUUGAUCACUCUGCACAAUCCCUGCCUCUAAACAACUACAACGUAAAUACUGUUCAGUACACUUGGAAAGAUUACACCUCUCCAACAACUAGCAGCAUCCAGACAACAAACUGUGGGGUUCCAACUGGACGGAACAGUGUCCAGCAUCAGCCAGUCUGGUGCAGCAGUCUAGAAGGUAGCCCACCCCACCGCUCCUACCUUGUCCACCCUGACCACUCCCUGGGGGAAACAAAAAACCUUCACACCGACUCUCCAUCAGUGACUAGACAACAGCUGAAAGUUCUAGCUCAGAUUUCUCAUAACACUACCGCCAUCACCAGGGAAGGGAAGCGCGCAUCACGUUUUAUAGCUCGUACUGUUACAUCUCCAUCGACACCUAUUCCCCCACCAAGUAAAAUGUCUCAGGAAUCUGACAGUCCACCCCUGUAUGUCCAUCCUGAAGAACAGUCAGAGGGAGAGGAGGCAGAAGACAAUAGCUUUGAAACAGUUGCUGAAGCUCUUAGGCUUCAGUGGUCUGUCAUAGGAAACAAAUCGCUUACUCCGGUGUCACCUGAUGUUGUUGCACAGAUCGUGGCUCAAGCGGAGAGGAAGAUGAAGGCUGGAGAUUCAAGCCCUCUCCACACACCAAUGUUUUCAACAAGUACACCUGUUCAAUCAAGGGAUGAAAGUACUAGCACCGGCCCAGUUAAACCAGAACCUCCCCAUAUUGCCAACAUGCUGCAAGAGGUUCACAUAGGAGAUUGUCCACGGGAACUCAAGCGCAUCAUUCCAACUCAGAUCACUACAGAGAAGACCCAGAGCGGGCCUUGGUUUUCUGCAGGUGCAAAAAGCCCUGAGCCGAUCCCUCAUGAAACAAGUGGACAAGCUGCGUACAGAGAUGGUAAAAUGCCUACUGCGCAGCAUGUGGCCAAACAUAGCAACAGUAACGGUGCUUAUUUUAAAAAUUCUGAACUAUCAAAUGCUAUGGGUUUCACCACCAAUCAUGUGUCUAGGAAUAACUCAACAAACGGCAAAGCAUUUCAAACACAGGAGUCCGCCACAAGUUCCAGAAUUGAUUCCUCUGACACUGUCAGUGAAGCGAGCUACUCCAGUGAACUGGAGAUGGAGAAAUAUUUACAAACACCCCUCAUAGCUGCUGGGAUAUCCACCAACUACCAACUGGAAUCCGAAGAAUUCCUUCGCUCGCUGCCCCCAAUUAAACCCAUUAAUUUAGAUGCCUACGCCACACUGCCACUUUUACCGCAAAGAUCAACUCAACAGAAACAAGAAUCUCGCACUGUGUCUGAUGUAAAUAAAAAGACAAAACUGAAAGAGAGAAAAACUGAAUCAAAAAACAAAGAAAGCUUCCAGGGCAACCUAGGGGAGCUGACUCCUAUACGAUCCCCAGAUUCAGCUUCCUCGUCCUCAACAUUUGUUGUUUCCCCUCUCUCAUCUUAUGACAGUUCUUCUGGCAGCAGCUUCUCUUUCUUCUCCACGCCCGACCCCAAGGUCGGGUCUCAGCAGACAUCGUCACCUGUCCAGAACACGACCCUGGUCAUGUCAGACCAGAACUCUUCAGUCUACCAUUCAGCCCUCUCGUCCGGGGACUCCCUACUGGCCAAUUCUUUAAGCAAAAAACAGUUUGAUGAUGUCUUAAAAGAGAAGGCCAAGCUUCAGGGUCAGUUGGAAAUACUAGCAGAGGAGUCUCAGUCCAUGUUAAAGGAAAGAGCAGAGCUCCAGGCUGAAAUGGCCAGAUUGAAGGCCAAGCUGGACAAGCUGCAGGCAUCUGGGGUGACCACUGGUCAAGACGCGGCUCUAAAGAAGGAGGUUGGGAACCUGAGAGAAUCGAGAAAGCUCUUGGAGCAGACGAUCUUGGAUGCGAACAGAAUGCUUUCAGAGAAAGCUGAAGAAGUUAGGGCUCUUCAGGAUGAGCUGCAUGUGGCUCAUGAUACUGCCACUAAAUUACAGGUCAGAUCUCAAGAAAUGAGAGAUGAUAUCAGGGCCAAAGACAUGAAUGUACAAGCAUUGAAAAACAAAAUUGCUGAGUUGUACGUGGAGGUACAAACCAGCAUCCAGGCCAAAAUGGAAGCUGACAGCGAGGCACGUACAUGUAAGAAUGAUCUGAUGUCGCUGGUCAAAGCUAAGGAGUGGUACCAGGAGCAGCUGCAGGUUGCUCACGAUGUUCGUUCUAAGCUACAAAGGGAGCUAACCAUCCUUCAGGGUCAAGCAGUUUCCCACGGUACAAUAGUGGAAAGAUUAAAAACAGAAUCGGCUCGUCUGAGGCAGCAGUUAGUGGAGACACAACAGAGGGCGCUCAAGGAUAAGGCACUGCUGGCCAGACAUCUGGAGGGCAUCCAGUCUGACAUGAUGGAGAGGGAGGCAGCCUUUCUGGAGAUACAACGCGAGCGCAAACUUUAUGAGGACACGUUUAAUUACCAGGUAACAACAGCAGAGGAAGAGAAGUCUCGACUAGCCAUGCUGCAACAAGCCACCCAUGAACUAGAGGCACAACUGGACAGAGCCCACUCAGAGGCUAAAAAACGUCAUGACGAGCUACUGACCAUGGAAACUGGACACAUGGAUGUCAUGAAGCGGCUAGCCUUCUCUGAGAAGAUUUUAGGAGAAAAGGAAGCAACAAUGGAGGAGAUGGAAGAGAAGUUGAUACAGAUGGAAUCGCAGCUUCAGGCUGUCAUGUCGGACCUGAUCAGGAAAGACAAUGAAAUUUUGGGCUUGAAAGAAGAAAAAGCAUCCACAGAAAUAGCACUCAGGUCAGCCCUUCAAGAGAAAUCUUCUGUAGACAAAGCCCUUGAGAUCCUCAAAGCUGACAUGGGAAAGGUGGAACACAGCUUUAAACAGAUGAAACAAGAGUUGAAUUUUAGACUGUCAGAGCUGCAACAGCUGAAGACUGAAAAGGAAAAACUCCAGGAAGAGCUUGAUCGCUCUCAGCAUGAACUUGAGAUCAAGUCCUUAAGUGUUGAUGCCAUGACACGCAACUUUGAUGGCCAGUCUGCUACCCAACAAAACUUAGAGGCCGUCAAGUCCAGUUUAGAAGAGAAAGUCAAUGAGCUGAGAUUAAAGGUGCAGUCAUUGGAAUAUGAGCUUGGACAAAAAGAAAAUGUCAUAACAGAGCAAGUGGAGAGAAUUAACCAGCUGACUGCUGUCAUCAGUGACUUAGAGCUGAAGCUAGAGGUGGCUAAAGACAGUGUUCCCCUAGAUAAGGUUAAAAUCUAUGAAAAUGAGAUGGAAGUUUUGAGGGUGCGCAUUCAGGCACUUGAGGACACGGAGGUGGAAGAGGCUAAUGAAGUGGAGAAAGAGAGAGAGAAAUUCAAUGCUGAAAUAGCCAGACUGAAGAAAGAACUUGUGGACAGGCAGAAAACGUACAAUGAAAAUUUGGAUAUUUUGGAUUCUAAACUAAAAGAGCUAACAGCAGACAAACAACAGCUGGAGACAGAGCUAGGUAUUGCUCGCAGGUCUGAGGAACUAACGCAGCUGGAGGAGAGGGACAGCUUUACUGAGGAAAUUCAGAGCCUCUCUAAUGAGCUCAAGGCUGAAAGAAGAGACAAGUUGGACUUGGAGCAGAAGCUUGUCUUGCUCCAGUCUAGUAAAGCUGAGGAAAUUGAGGCUCUACAAUUCAAACUCAAGUUUCAAACUGAGGCUCUUGAAGCUCUUCAGUCUAGACAGGCAUCUUUUGAAGAGCUGGAGUCACUGAAACAGGCUUUAGAACUUGAGUUGGAGAAGGAGAGGGGCAGGGUCAUGGGCCUGAGCCAAAAAAAUGUGGAGCUUAAAGAACACAGUCAUCAGCUGGAGGCUGCUCUAGCACGCAGGGAGUCAGCUCUAGAAGAGCUCAAGAGAUCUGUUGAGGAAUCAUCUCUGGAGUUACAAAAUAGGGACCAGAAGUUUUUGGACAGAAUCUCUGGACUGGAGGUGGCUUUGGACAAAGAGGUUGAAGUUCAAAGAGACCUGAGAAAACAGAUGGGAACCAAAAUCAUGGAGAACAAGCGCCUGAAGAAACACAACGACAGCGUUAAGCUGGAACUGGAACAGCUGCGCCAGGAUCUGGCCGCUAGCCAACAGUCGGCCUUACAAGCUGUGGCUGAUCUAGAAGCGGCCAACCAGCAGGCCCAGGGCCAUCUGUCUGAGGCCAGGGAUCACUCGGCCCAGGUCAAAGUUCUGGAAGCCGAACUGGAGCGAGUCAAGCGUGACCUGAAUGACAACCUGGCGAGACAACCACUUCUGGUGGAGCAGAUACAGAGUUUGGAGUGGCAGUGUGCACAGAAAACCAGAGAGGUAGAGGCAGCACAAGAACAAAUCAAAAUGGCCGAUGAGAGAGCGCAAGGUGAAAUUGAAGCCAUGAAGCAAUCAUUACAGGCUAAACAGUUGGAGAUUGAGGACCUGCAAGCUGAACUCACCCUGCUGAGACAGGAUAAAACACACCAGAGGUCGCAGGUCAACGAACUCCGGGGUGCCCUCAAAGCCUCUGUCCAGCAUCACAAGCUGACCAAGAGACUGAAUGAGCUAGACACAAACGACAUUGGUGUCCAAGCUAAUCUGGAGAAAAGAAUUGUCAUUCCCCCAUUGCCCUUUGACCUUGCCAGCAUAGAACAGCUGAUCCAGGACACAAAGGUCACACCUUUGGACAGCAAACCACUGGACCAGCUGUCAUCAUGUUUGUCAUCACUCCGAGCUGAGAUCACCGGUCUACAGAAACAGAUGGACAGGCACACAGCUGCUGUACACAACUCCAGCCAGUCUUGGAGGAGUGUCCAGAGUGAGGUGAAUGAGCUGAAUGAAGUGAUGAGGACAAUAGCCAACACUGUCAUUGCUGCCAACAGCACGCACACCAUCAAAAUGACAACAGCAUCAGACCUGGAACAGGCUGACAUUAUGCAUGUAUAAGACGUCUGCCAUCAUCAACCCUUCUGUCUGUGAUAUUCAACAUUUUUUUAUUAUCCUUUAUUUUGUGUGCUUGGUUUUGAACUCAAGUCCUUCACAGAUGGUCAACAACAACAAGUGCCUUGUAUAGAACUCCCAGCUGCCAUUGUUGCAUUUAACAACUACAAGACUUUGCUGAUUAAUUUGAUUCAUUUCCGAUUAAGGACUGUUCUACUGUAAUCAAUAUAGAAUGUUUAAACAUUAAAUCCUAGCAAAAAUACCAGCUACAUUUUUUAAAUGUAUUUACUGGAAUAUGUGGCUUGUGAAUUUUAAUGAUUGUUUUUAGUUUUUUAACAUUUAUCAUUAAGAGCCGGGUUUUGUUUUUCUGUUAAAGUGUUCUAUUUUCAGCUCACUUUAUUGAGCCGUACCAGUCCACCCCACAUCCUGUUCAUGGAGUCAACUAUUUUGUUACCUAAUGCAAUUUUUAUCUAUCAGGAACAAUGUUGACUGGUUAUUUAAUAUUUGACCUGUUUCAUUAAUAGUUUGAUUAUAUUUUUUAAUGUAUCCCUGAACUUGUUGGUAUUUUCCUUUUAAUCAACCACACCUGGCAUCAUUUCAAACUGAACAAAGCCAGUCUAGUUUUAUCUGAAAUAAGAAUAUAUCAGUUAUAAUUUUCUCUGUAUUUAAAUGGCCAACAAUGUACAGAUUUUGUGUUUGACUAUCACAUUGAUAAAUGCUUGUCCACUAUAUAUUGGUACAUGCUAUUAAUAGUUUUCACCAUUAUAUUUAAUUAUUUCAAGAUAUUUAUACACUGCAACUUUUUUUAAGUAACUUUGACUGAUGUAUAUUUUUUUUGCCAACUAAAUUAAUUUUAUAAUUUGU